CAUCAAAUUCAUCCAAUUCUCUCUCUCUCCUCACAAAAACCAAUGGCCGCCGAAUCUCCGCCGUCGCCACCCGUGCGCUUCGGAAUAAUCGGCUGCGCGAACAUAGCGCGGAAGGUGUCGCGGGCGAUUCUCCUCUCCCGCAAUUCCACCAUAGUCGCCGUCGGAAGCCGAUCCCUGGAGAAAGCCGCCGCCUUCGCCAGGGACAACGGCUUCCCGGAAUCGGCCAGGGCGUACGGAUCGUACGACGCCGUUCUGGAAGAUCCGGAGGUGGACGCCGUUUACGUGCCGCUGCCGACGAGCCUCCACCUCCGGUGGGCGGUUUUGGCGGCGCGGAGGAAGAAGCACUUGCUGCUGGAGAAGCCGGUGGCGCUGAACGUCGGCGAGCUGGAUGAGAUUCUGGCUGAGUGUGAAUCCAGUGGGGUACAGUACAUGGAUGCUACCAUGUGGAUGCACCACCCACGUACGGCUGAGAUGAAGGCUUUUCUCUCCGAUUCGCAGCGUUUUGGCCAACUGAAAGCGGUACACAGCAUUUUCUCGUAUAACAGCGGCCCCGAUUUUCUCAAAAACGACGUGCGCAUAAAGCCGGAUCUCGAUGCACUAGGCGCCUUAGGCGACACGGGCUGGUACUGUAUCCGAGCUAUUUUAUGGGCAGCCGAUUAUACCCUCCCCAAAACCGUAACUGCUUUAAGCAGUGCCGAGUUCAACGAAGCAGGCGUAAACCUAUCGUGUGGCGCUUCUCUAAUUUUCCACGACGGUCAAAUCGCGACUUUCUACUGCUCUUUCCUCAGCAAUUUGACUAUGGAGAUUAGUCUCCUCGGAGAAAAUGGGUAUUUGCGCGUCCACGAUUUUGUGAUACCGUUUCAAGAAAAUGUGGGCGCGUUUUAUGCGAGCGCGAACACGAAAUUUGCUGAGCUGUCGAUUGGGAUCGAGCCUGCUCCGAUCGAGCACCUUGUGAGGACUGAUGUUCCGCAAGAAGCUCUAAUGGUGGAGGAGUUUUCGUCUUUAGUGAGAAAGGUAAAAGAAAACGGCUCCGAAGAAAUUGAGAAGUUUUGGGCUAUUAUUAGUCGAAAAACUCAACUUGUUGUCGAUGCUGUUAAGGUGUCGAUGGAGAAGGGCUUUCAGCCUGUUGAGGUUGUUUAUUAGUAGUCACACGGUCUAUUCUAUGCUACACCGGAUGAAAUACACUGAGUAGAUUUUUACCAUUCAUAUACAGACAAACACACACGCACCCAUAUUAGUGUGUGUAGAUCAACGGUAAAAAAUAACUCAGUGUGAUCUUCACUGGGUAUAGCAUAGAAAUAAUCGGAGUCCCACUACUUAAUUUAUCGUAAUUACAUAUAUAUUGAACCGCUAUAUAUAGGAACGUCGUUUACUUCUCGACAUGGGAGAUGGAUAAUAUUGAUUAUAUAUUGAAGAUGAAUAUUUGUUAUAAGAUGUGAAGUGUUGGUUAUAUGAGAAAUAUCAGUAAUGUUUGGUUA